GACUAUAUUUUAUUAAAUCCGUGGUGAAUAACCGGAUUAGCUCGUUCUAGCACUCUACACGAGGCAAAAUAGAGGUAGUUUUAAAAAUAAGGGGAGUGCAGGAAGUAAAUAUGGAGUUUCAGAAAGUAAUUGCCCAAACCAAACCCAUGUGACCCAAUUACAUUUGUUAUUACCCACUCUACCGUUGGAACACUCCCGCUCGCUGUAGUUUGAAAUUGCGAACAAAUUUGCAGAAGCAGACACAGUAAUCGAUUCAUUCCAAAUCCAAUUACCAAUUCGUGAAAACACAAAACUACAACUAACAGAAAAGGAGUGAUAAUAUCGUAUUAUCAUGGAUUCUGUUUCUAACAUUCCUCUUCUAGACGAAGACGAUUCGUUGCUCUUCGAUGAUUCUGCACCGGCCACCGCCGAGGUCUUCUCUUGCUCCCCUCUCAUACCUCUCAGAUCGAUUCCUCUUCAAACCGAAAGUGGAGCUGCGGAUUCUGAAAAUCGAAAUUCCUCGGUGAAUGACAGUGCGAACAAAGAGAACGCGGAUUGGAACAAACCGCAGAAGCUCAGCUUGGAGCCUCAUCAAAUGAAGAGGAAGAAGAAAGGAGGCGGUUACAAUUUGCGCAAGAGCUUGGCGUGGAAUCGAGCUUUCUUUACUGAAGAAGGCACUCUCUUCCCUCCAUUAUCCGUUAAUUAACUAUGAAAAUCUAUCACUCUAAUUGUUCUAUUAUUUGAUUGAUUAAUUAAUUAUUUAAUUGGUUGAUUUGUUCUGAAUCUUAC